AUGCUUCCGAAGAAUAAGCUGUCUGACAUAUGCACGGCCAUUACGCUGGAAAAGGCCAAAGAAAACUUAACGAAUGAAUACAAACUGGGAAAUGAAAAAAAUCGAAGUAAAGAGCAGCGUACACAGUUGGUGGACGCAGAAAAGGGAGAGGAGAUUUCCCCCCAAGACGAAAACAGCGACGAGGAGGAAAUCCGGAAAUGGAGGGAGAAGCGACUUACGCAACUUAAAAAAAAACAGGAAUUGAAGAAAGACGGCGUUUACCUCGAAAUAUGUGAAAAGGACUUCAUACCCACCGUCCUUAAAAACAGCAACGUGGUUUGCCACUUUUACGAUAACUCCUUCAAGCGCUGCGACAUUUUACACGGCCAUUUGAUCAAGCUGGCCAACAUACACCUUGCCACGAAAUUUAUCAAAGUGGAAGCCAAAAAUUGCCUAUUUUUUAUGAACAAAUUAAAUAUAAAAAUUUUGCCCAGCUUAUGUUUAUUCAUCAACGGAGUUCUCCUAAAAACCUGCGUUGGAUUUGAAGACUUUGGAAAUAAGGACACGUUCAAAACGAAGGACCUGGAGGAGUAUUUGUUCAAGAAGAAGCUCAUCAGCAAUAUGGAAUACAGCGACGACGAUGAAGAAGAAGAAACUUAA